AAGUCACUGAACCCCACUUUUGGUAACGAAGAUGACACACAUUGGCGUCGGAACCAAGUUCAUUGCCUUAACAAGUUUGCAAAAUUUCAUAGGUUGAUGACGUGUCAUUAACUGUAAGUUGUUAAGGCGAUGUCUUGUUUUUAAGGGCGAACUUCUCCUGUAUAGUCCGUACACUUGUGUGGGUCAACUUAUUUUGCCCUUGUACAAAGUACCUGAUGAUUUGGGAUUGGCUUUGAAUUCAAGCUGUUUGUUAGUUUCAUCAAUCUGCAUAUUUGAUCAACUAAUCCAAAAGGGAUUGAAUUUACUGUAAUGGGUCAUUCAGAGGCUGAGAAAAUCCAAGCAAAACUAAACCCAGAUUGGGAAAAAGCAUUCAAUCAGUAUGAAAAUGUAAUAUCUUCUGGAACUGAGGCUAUGAAAAUAAAAGCCACGGUAAAGCUAGCCCAUUUUUGUAAAUAUGCCCCACAAAGUAUAUUAGCUCGUACCAUACCUAUCCUAGCUGAAAUUCUUAGCAAAGUGCCUUCUAAUAAUUCAAGUCAGCCUAUCCAGGAAGCUGCUGUAUAUUGCUUAAAAUGUAUUGCUUGUAGAGGUGAUGGUGGGUUGGUAAUAGAGAUAGGCCAAUCCGGUGCUAUAGUGUCUAUUCUAAGGUUAUUGCCACAUUCUGAUAAUGGUUUUGAGAGGGUCAUGAUAAAGUGUUUGUGGGUUCUUGUCAAUUUCGGAAAAAUAAAUCGUGAGAUUGUAGCUAGAAAUGGACUUGAAGUUAUCAUAAAUAUGCUAAAUUUGCGCACGGAUGGUACUAGGAAGUACUUGUUAGAGAUUCUGAGUGCAUUGACAUUGUUGAGAGAGGUUAGGAGAGUACUUACAAGUUUAGGAGGCAUUUGCUUUCUUGUUGAGGCGGCUAGGUGUGGUAGCAUGGUAUCUAGGGAAAGAGCUUGUCAAGCAAUUGGGUUGCUUGGAGUUACAAGACGUGUGAGGCGUAUGCUUGUUGAAUUGGGUGUGAUACCAGUGCUUGUUGAGUUGUUCCGAGAUGGGGAUAGUACAACAAAACUUGUAGCGGGUAAUUCUCUUGGUGUGAUCUCUGCUCACAUUGAUUACAUUAGACCUGUUGCUCAAGCUGGGGCAAUACCAUUAUAUGCUGAACUUCUUCAGGGACCUGACCCUAUCGGUAAGGAAAUUGCAGAGGAUGCGUUUUGUAUAUUAGCUGUUGCGGAAAUGAAUGCAGUUGAGAUUGCUGAGCGCUUGGUAGGGAUUCUUAAAGAAGAUGGUGAUGCAGCAAAAGCUGCGGCUGCUGAUGUUUUGUGGGAUCUCUCAGGUUACAAGCACUCUGUAUCUGUUGUGCAAAACUCAGGUGCAAUUCCACUUCUAGUUGAGCUUCUGAGAGACGGGAAUAGUGAAGUUAGGGAAAAGGUGUCUGGGGCUAUUGCCCAGUUGAGUUAUGAUGAGGAAGAUCGGGUGGCACUUGCAAAUGCAGGGAUAAUCCCACUUCUGAUUGAAUUGUUACAUGACGACUCUGUGGAACUGAGGGAUAAUGCUGCAGAGGCUCUUAUCAGUUUCUCUGAAGAUCCAUUGCACUGUGAUAGAAUAUCUGAAGCAAUCGAUUUUCCUUCUUUCCAGAAUACGCACAAUAGAUUAACUCGGAAUCAUGCUUCUGAUGAGAAUAUGGUUAGAUCUUUGAGGCGGAUGAGCAUUGAACAGCUUACUUGGAACCCAGAUCUUGUCUAAUUGUUGAAAUGGUACCCCCAGUAAUCUCAACUAAUUGUGAAUUUUGUAUAUUGUACCAAUGUCUAUGCUAUUUUUGUCCCCUUAUUUUUUUUUCCCUUUCAGUGGUUUUAUGUUUUGUUUUUUUAUUCAAACUGCAUGAAAAUAAAUUUGCUUCCUUUUGGGUUGAAAGCCUUGUUGGCACUGGCAUGCAGGGAGCUUGAUUUUUACUUUGUAGACACAUUCUGAGAUCACAUAUACAAGUUAUAAGCAUGAUGAAACGAGUUCUGCACAAUUUUUUCCUUAUAGAGCUGUUCCAUAAAUCUAUGAUUCUCAUUGAAAUCAGUUGCUUUAAUACGUGCAGCAGCUACUUCUGCCAAGUAGGAAAAUAACUAUGGGGCCUGUAGACCAAUAAGGCAAUAACCUUAUAUACAUUUUGAAUUCUUAAUAAGAUUAAAAAUUAAAUGUGUGUUGUGUGUGGUAAGUUAUACUCGCACUUAUCACCUCACCCUCCAUUUCACUAUGUAUGAGGAAGUGCCAUUUGAGCUACAACACAGUUAGAAGUGGAAUUGAAUUGGAAGACCAAGAUGGUGUAAGCAAGGUGGGAGACCCACAUAGACAGCUCCAAAUCUAUUUCAAGUAGGGCAAGCUACUCAAGGGAACAACACAACUGACUGAAAGAGCUAGCAAUACAUUACAGAAGAGAGGCAGCACAGCAUGUACAUAUCUAAGCUGACAACAACCUCAAUAGCCAUGUCAAUUUGAAAUUUUAAGGCCAUUUUGACUUAUAUAAAGAAAGAACAAGAAAAGUAAACUAUGGUCGCUGUGAUAUUUUUCAGUGCAUGGAAGCCAGAAUAUUCUUGUAAAUUGCUUAUUGUAUGAUUGUAUUGAGUCAUAAAUGAACACAAAGAAUGCUAUAAAAUUCACAUGCUGAGCAUCUUUGGAAUUUCAAUAGCAAUAUUGUACUUCUGAUUU